UAUAUCCUUAAAUUUACUAAUUGUUGUUCUAAUGAAAUUGUAACAAUUAACUUAUCAAUUUGAUUAUUGUGUUUAAUUUUGUCCUCCAACUAAUUUGUUCAUUUUAAUCAAAAUUAAUUCAAUUCUAUUCAAAAUUCUGGUACAUGGUGUUUUCUUCAACUUCAAUGGAUGAUUUAGUUUUAAUUGAAGACCAUUUAACAAUCGAUCAAUUGUUUUAAUUGGUUUUAAGUUAAAUUGAUUCUUAAUUGUGUUAAUUAUGCCCAAACCAGGAAAAAAUGUUCGGAAUGCCAAAGAUCGAGCUAAAGCUUUAGGAUCGAAAAGAUCGCCAUCACUUGAAUCAACAUCUUCGCUCGGAACUUCCGCCAGUAAAAUGAUGCGACGAAUUCAAUCAUUAGAACGAGCCGAAGCACCGACCCCUUUUGGACCUAAUUUAUUUGAUUGUUGUGCGACCGUAAUUUACUGUCCAAGGCACAACAAUUUUGGCCUUACUCGUAUCGGUGAAGGAAAAGGAAUGUGGCUUCCCUAUGUGGCCCUAAAGCCGUCAGAGGGCUGGUAUGCCGCUUGUGUUUCCAGAUUAAAGCAAGUACUUUCAACCGGAUCUGGACCUAAAUCGUAUCUUUCAUUUUCUCAGCCUGAAUUGAUUCACAUUUUCCGACUUCAGGUUCCAUACUUUUGCCAAUUCGUUACUCGAGUUACUUUCCUAUCACAAUUAACUCAUGAAGAUAAAGGUAAUUGUUGCCAAACAAACAAAACUUUAAGCUGGCAUUCAGCCGACGAUGUUAUCAAUCAAAAUGUCACUGAUCUUUGGGGUCCAGAGCCUUGUGUUUUCGGUGAGGCCUUUUUACAUAACGCUAUUGAAAAAGGUGCUUACACUGAGUACACUUUGCGAGACGCUAUGAGAUAUUUGCCCAGAGAGACAGCGAAAACUUUUCAAGAUGAAAUGUUGAAAUCGGCAAAUUUCAUGGAACGAGAUAUCAGUCGACUUUACUCCGAAUUCAUUCAACACUGUUAUCCAUCACAGUACAUGGUUUUCCCUUCAUUUGUUGAUUACAUGUCACGAAUUGGUUGGCCACCGAACGAUACUGACCUGGAAAAUGUUUACCGAGCCUUUGGCUUCAAUCAUAUGUCUUACUUGUCUUUCCAUGAGUUUCUACUUGGCCUCGCCGCCAUGGACAAACAAACCCACCAUGGUGGUCAUCCUGGUGAGCUACGAUGUGGUUACAUUUUCCGUUACUAUGAUAUUAAUAACGAUUCGGUAUUGGACAACAUUGAAAUGGCUCGAAUGACCUACGAUAUUUUGAGAUUGAAAAAUAAGCCUCAUGACGAUGAUUCCGUUGAGAAAGAGUUGGUUAAAAACUACCAGGCACUUGGUAUUAACUUGAAUGACCCUUCACCCGUUGUCUCUGAUACCCAAUUGUUACGAGCUAUUGGUACAAUGUCAUUUCGAGGUUCAUCUUCAUUGUUUCGAUCUCCGUUUCCAAUUUUAACAACCAUUGGUACUAAACGUUGUUACGAAUCAUUGACUCAUAUUCCAACACCAUCAGGUGGUAAUUCGGGUGAACAUGAGGUCAAAGUCAGUAAACGAACCAAAGGUUCGUGUUCUAAUUGUAGAAACAAACGUUACACUAUCGCCGUUCAUUCAGCUCGAGUUGCACCCGAGGGAAAUAUCGUUGAACCAAUGGAAGUGUUACCAGAGGAAGUUGUUCAAACUCCAAAGGAUCGUCGAGCGAUGUCAUUAGUCGCUUUCAGUGUCGAAAAUGUGGCCAAUCGAAUGAUUGAAUGGCUUCGUGAUUACUCUGAAGUGGCCAAUUUGGGUAACUUUAAACGGACCUUUGGAACUCGGCGAAAACCUGGUGAAAAAUCAAAGGCUGGAAAUUAUUGGGUUACCUGUGAUCGAACGGCCUUGGCCAAUGCGAUUAUCAAACUUUGCUCGGACAUUGAAAGUACCUUCAAAAGAGAGGCGAGAUGUAUCAAGAUCAGUAGUCCAGUUUACGUUCUCGGUGACACUCAUGGUAAUUUUAGAGACAUGAUGAUUUAUGAACGAAUCUUGUGGAGAAAAGCUCCUAAUUGUGUUCCAGCGAGUUAUUUGUUCCUGGGAGAUUUUGUCGAUCGAGGUGAAUAUGGUCUAGAAUGUAUUCUUUACCUAUUCUCGUGUAAACUGUUAUCCCCUGAAAAGUUCUGGCUUCUUCGAGGUAAUCAUGAACUACGAUCAAUUCAAGCGGUGUUCACCUUUCAACGAGAGUGUUUGGACAAAUUCGGUAAAAAUUUGGGAAGUACAAUUUGGGAUGCAAUUAACCGGGUCUUCGAUGUUAUGCCGAUUUGUGCAGUUAUCGAUGAAUCAAUUUUCUGUGCUCAUGGUGGAAUACCAACUUCGUUAACCAAAAUCGACGAUCUUCAAGCCAUACCCACUCCAUUGCCCGAGCCCGAGUCUCAAUCACCCGCUGCAUGGGAAAUACUUUGGAAUGAUCCAGUUUCGGGUAAUGAGUAUGAUGAAUAUGCGGACAUGUUAAGGUUACAAUCGGGAUCUACUUCGUUCAACGGUUUACAAGGUUUUCUACCCAACACCAAACGAGGUACAGCUUAUUAUUUCAACGAAGAAGCGGUCAACAAGUUUCUUCAGGCCAAUGGAUUAACUCACAUUAUCAGAGCUCAUGAGGUUAUCCCGGCGGGUUAUCGGUUCCAUAUGGGUGGAAAGGUGAUCACCGUUUUCUCAUCUUCUCAUUAUUGUGGUGGAAUGAAUGAAUCAGCCUGUAUUUUUAUAGAACAAGAAAAAUUGAGAGUUUUAAGAUUAGAUACAAGUUGUUAGAACGAAAGAAAAUCGAAAACGAAAAAUCAAAAUUCGAACCAAAUUCAUUAAUCCAAAUUUUCCAAGACAUUUUACUUUCUAAUUAAAACACUUUUCAUCAAAUUCUUUCCUUACAUUUAUUAAAUCUUUCUAAUUAAACAUUUUUAAUGUAAUUUCCAAUUCCAAUUCCAAUUUGAACAAUUAAAAUUAACCAACAAUCGAAAUCAUUUAAAUCUAAAAGUUUUGUCUUUUUAAUUUCGAAACAAAGUUAACCAAGUUUUCCAAUUGAUUUCAUUUUACACUCUAAUCAGAAUAUAUUUUCAGCAUAAAUUAACCAGAAUAUUCUGUUGUUUAAAUCUGAAACAUUUCCAUUUAAUUGUAAUUAACUAAA